ACAGCCCUUGGCGGCCGCGCUGGGCAUGCUCAGUCGACAGGGCCGCUUCAGUUCUUGGAGUAGGAAGCUUGGGCGCUUCGGCUGUAAGGAGCCGCGGCGGGGGGAAAAUGGAUCCCUUUACUAACGAUCUGCUUCAGCUCCCCAGGAAUAUGAUUGAAAACAGCAUGUUUGAGGAAGAACCAGAUGUGGUAGAUUUAGCCAAAGAGCCCUGUUUGCAUCCUCUAGAGCCUGAUGAGGUGGAAUAUGAGCCCCGGGGUUCACGACUGCUGGUGCGGGGUCUUGGUGAGCAUGAGAUGGAUGAGGAUGAAGAGGAUUAUGAGUCAUCUGCGAAACUGCUGGGCAUGUCCUUCAUGAACAGAAGCUCAGGCCUUCGGAACAGUGCAGCCGGCUAUAGGCCGAGCCCAGAUGGGACUUGUUCCGUACUGUCUGCAAGGACCAUGGCGGUCUGUGUUUUUCUUAUUGUGGUUGCUGUUUCUAUAAUCAUGGUGAUUUAUCUACUGCCCAGAUGUACCUUUACCAAAGAAGGCUGCCAUAAAAAAAACCAAUCAAUGAGACUAAUUCAGCCACUUGCGACAAAUGGAAAGGUGUUUCCAUGGGCACAAGUCAGGCUUCCCACCACCAUUAUGCCACUACGCUAUGAACUUAACCUACACCCAAACCUCACCUCGAUGACAUUCAAGGGUUCUGUGUCAAUUUCACUUCAGGCUCUUCAGGCCACGUGGAAUAUCAUUCUUCACAGCACAGGCCAUAAUAUUUCGAGAGUGACCUUUAUGUCAGCAGUUUCAAGCCAAGAAAAACAAGUUGAGGUCUUGGAAUACCCAUUUCAUGAACAAAUUGCCAUUGUUGCCCCUGAAACCCUUCUCGAAGGACACAAUUAUACCUUGAAGAUAGAGUAUUCAGCGAAUAUAUCUAGUUCUUACUAUGGGUUUUAUGGAAUCUCCUACACAGAUGAAAGUAAUGAGAAAAAGUACUUUGCAGCAACUCAGUUUGAACCCCUGGCAGCAAGAUCUGCUUUUCCUUGUUUUGAUGAACCAGGAUUUAAAGCCACAUUUAUCAUCAGGAUCAUAAGGGAUGAGCAAUAUACUGCUUUAUCAAAUAUGCCUAAGAAUUCAUCAGUCAUCAUGGAAGAUGGACUCGUUCAAGAUGAGUUUUCUGAGAGUGUGAAAAUGAGCACUUACCUUGUUGCAUUCAUUGUUGGGGAGAUGAAGAACCUGAGUCAGGAUGUAAAUGGAACCCUGGUUUCUAUAUAUGCUGUACCAGAAAAGAUUGGUCAAGUUCACCAUGCCUUGGAAACAACUGUGAAGCUUCUUGAAUUCUAUCAAAACUACUUUGAAAUUCAAUACCCGCUUAAGAAAUUGGAUUUGGUGGCUAUUCCUGACUUUGAAGCAGGAGCAAUGGAAAAUUGGGGUUUACUCACCUUCCGAGAAGAAACACUUCUGUAUGACAACAAUACUUCUUCAGUGGCGGACAGAAAACUGGUUACUAAAAUUAUUGCUCAUGAGCUAUCCCAUCAGUGGUUUGGUAAUCUGGUCACAAUGGAGUGGUGGAAUGAUCUGUGGCUAAAUGAAGGGUUUGCUACAUUCAUGGAGUAUUUCUCUUUGGAAAAAAUAUUUAAAGAGCUCUUCAGUUAUGAAGAUUUCUUAGAUGCUCGAUUUAAAACCAUGAAGAAAGAUUCCUUGAAUUCAUCUCAUCCAAUAUCAUCAUCAUCUGUUGAGUCUUCAGAACAGAUUGAAGAAAUGUUUGAUUCUCUUUCCUAUUUUAAGGGAGCUUCCCUCUUGUUGAUGCUGAAAACUUACCUCAGUGAAGAUGUAUUUCAACAUGCUGUUGUUUUUUACCUGCAUAAUCAUAGCUAUGCAUCCAUUCAAAGUGAUGAUCUGUGGGAUAGUUUUAAUGAGAUCACAAACAAAACACUAGAUGUAAAAAAAAUGAUGAAAACCUGGACCCUGCAAAAAGGAUUUCCUUUAGUGACUGUUCAGAGAAAAGGAAGGGAGCUUCAUGUGCAACAAGAAAGAUACUUUUUAAAUACAAAGCCUGAAAUUCAACCUUCAGAUGCAAGCUAUCUCUGGCAUAUUCCACUAUCCUAUGUCACCGAGGGAAGAAAUUUCUCAAAAUACCCAUUGGUAUAUUUACUGGACAAAAAGUCAGGUGUCAUCAAUCUUACAGAAGAAGUGCAGUGGGUCAAAGUCAAUACGAACAUGAACGGCUAUUAUGUAGUACACUAUGAGGAUGACGACUGGGAAGCACUAAUCAAACAGCUGAAAACAAAUCCUUACGUCCUGAGUGACAAAGACCGAGCCAACCUCAUCAACAACAUCUUUGAGCUUGCAGGCUUAGGCAAGGUAUCUAUUCAGAGGGCCUUUGAUUUGAUUGAUUACCUUGGAAACGAGAACUAUACUGCACCCAUCACUGAAGCCCUGUUCCAGACCGGCCUCAUCUAUAACCUCCUUGAAAAGCUAGGAUACAUGGAUCUGGCCUCAAGAGUAGUGGCCAGGGUAUUUAAAUUACUUCGAAGCCAAAUCGAACAGCAGACUUGGACUGACGAAGGCCCCCCGUCUGCCCGGGAGCUUCGGUCAGUCUUGCUCGAGUUCGCGUGCGCCCACAGCCUCGAGAACUACAGCACUGUGGCAAUGAAGCUGUUUGACGAUUGGGUGGCAUCCAACGGAACUCAAAGCCUACCUACUGACGUCAUGAGUACUGUGUUCAAGGUUGGAGCAAAAACGGAGAAAGGCUGGUCAUUCCUGUUAAGCAAGUAUGUCUCUAUAGACUCCGAAGCAGAAAAGAAUAAAAUACUUGAAGCUCUUGCCGGCUCAGAGGAUGUACGGAAACUUUACUGGUUAAUGAAAAAUAGCCUCAGUGGCGAUACCAUCCGAACACAAAAGCUGUCUUUCAUCAUUAGAACAGUUGGCCGACACUUCCCUGGACACUUGCUGGCAUGGGAUUUUGUCAAAGAGAACUGGAGCAAGCUUGUCCAGAAGUUUCAUCUGGGGUCCUAUACCAUACAAAGUAUUGUUGCUGGGUCGACGCACCUGUUUUCAACAAAGGCACAUUUGUCUGAGGUCCAGGCGUUCUUUGAAAAUCAGUCAGAGGCAACCUUUCGGCUUCGCUGUGUCCAGGAGGCUCUGGAAGUCAUCCAGUUGAAUAUCCGUUGGAUGGAGAAGAACCUCAAAACUCUGACAUGGUGGUUGUAGCAUGCACAACUGUGCCCCAUUUUGUUGCCCGUUCAGAGAGCUUGUUAACGGGGGCUCUGCUGCUUUUGCAAAAAGCCAAGGUGAAGUCAGAAUUGCUUCCAAGUCGUUUGCAGUCUUUAGGAGUUCUAGUUCGCUCAGGGCCUGUCUGUGUUUUUCAUCUGUCUUUUUCGAGUUGUCUUUGGGCAGUACGUAGUUAUUUAUUACAAAAUUAUAUUCACCUAUAUGCCAACAUCUACAAAAACAGUGAGUAAUUUUUCUACUUUGAAGAUACACAAGUGGGGGGGGGGGGGGCGUCUGUUUUGGUUCUGUUCUGUUUCUCAGUAUCCGGAAAGUACCGACCCAGCGAAACAAAGGAAGAUCUACCGUGGGAGCCGGCCUCUGCGGGCGCUGCUUUGCCAGCCUUGUUGCUGCCUAGUGAUAGAUGAUAGAUGCUCCUUGAGUGUGGUACAGAACAUAGCUUCAAAAACUAUGGUAACGCAGUCUGCGAAUCCUACAACUGUUAGAAAACUGAUCUCAGGUGUGCAGAUCUACUUUGGUUUGAGGUUUUGAUUAAUCUUUUAUUUUCUGAAACAAAGUUUAAAUAAGAUCUAUAGCUUCUAUUUUUUUUUUUUUUCUGCAGAACAGCCAGGUGCUACAGAAUUUUUAAAUUUUUGUUGUUCUGAAAAGCUAAGUAACAAGGAUAGAGAUUAAAUUUUCCAGAUAUCUAGUACUUAUUUUUUCAUCUUUUAGGAAAAUGUUUCAAACUGAGCUAGCUUUAAUUAUAAUUAUUUUAUUUAUGAAUUCCAAUAUUCUCCGAAUCUGUACACCUUUAUCACUCCCUGCCAUAGAUAUAGCUUGUGUUAUAGAAGAAUAUGUCUACAUGUGUGGCAAGCAUUUUGUUAGUACUGUUGUCUUUUAUCAUGACUUUAUCACUGUUACUAAAAAUAAAAUUAGUUUAGGUUGCCUUUGAUGUUACCUGAUCAUAGACACUUGCUCUGUCAGUCAUACUCCUGUGUAGAUUUUCAUGUUAUAUGGUAGCAUAUAUUAGAAGCAUAUUUUAAAAUAGGGCCUUUGAGAAAUUGAACAUUUUUAUUUGAAGUUCACCAUAGUACCUUAAAGGAAAAAAGAGAAUAUGGGAUAGGAGUAACUUGAUUCAGAUUUAAUAUGGUGGGCUUUGAAUUUUUUCUACUAUCAAAACAGUACUUUUCUUUAGUUGAAAAAUCAGUGGGUUGUAUUUGUUUUGUUUUAUUUUGUUUCUAUCAUGGCCAAACUAACUGAUUAAAAGGAACGGCCAAGGAAAGAAAGAAAGGGAAGAUUUCCGAAAUCGUAUGGCAUUUUCACUCCUUGUAAAGGAGAAAUACUGUACUUGAAUUUUUUGAGCUAUGCAGACUUAAUACCUAGAUUGUUGAGUUUCUUUGAUUCUUAGGGGAAAAGCUUUCUUCCUAAUAAUUUUUGAGUACUUAGUAUUUUGUUUGAAAACAUCUUCUGUGUGCAUAAAAAGGGUAGAUACCCAUUUGUGAGCACUUAAAACACUCCAGAGAAUCAAUGGGAAAGGUCACCUUUUUUUAAGUUAGCAGGUAUACAGUGAAAAUAUGUGGGAUUGUGUAUAAAAUUAUAUUUUAUUUUAUGAAAAUAUUUUUAUAUACCAAAAUUUAAAAUGCUGGCAAGCUAAAAGGUAGCUUUCUUUAAUCCUAGUGUGUUUUCCCCCAAGUUAGUCUUUUCUAAACAUUUACCUCUGGUUCAGAGUACAAAAUAUUAUAUCCGGAGAAUUGCAGAAUCCUCUAAAGAUGUCUUAUGGAAACUGGGGUGAUCGUAGGUCUUUAUUCCUCUUGUGCUCAGCAGACGAAUAACAGUUUAGUUGAUAUUGGAAGUUAGUGUGUUUUUAUAUUUUUAGAGUGGGGAAAAUACUAAACUUUUGAGGGGUUUUUUGGUUGCUGGUUUUUUACGAUGUUAUAUUACUGAAUUCCACUUUGAUACAGAGUUUAAAUUUUGCUACUUCUCAACAUCAGUUAAGAUUUUUCAGUUAUACCUGCCCAUCUUUACAUUGCUCCUGUAAUGUGUGUUAACUCUGCAUAUGGCAAAUCUUAUCUUGAAUUAUAUCAUUUUUCCUGAGUGUGUGUGUAUGUGUGUGUGUGGGCAGAGGGUAAUGUUUAAGUAAAUCUUUAUCAAAACAUGGGCUAAAAGAAGAGCUGCCUUGUAAUCCAUUGCUUUCUUUGUACUCAGUCUGUUCAUUGCCAUAAUGCGGGAUCCCUGCUGGCUAUAGUUCUAUUUGUAGGCCUCCCCUAGAGUAGCCCUCACCUCACUGUUUCCCACAGAAUUCCAUAAUUUUUAAUGUCAAGCUAACCCAUCUCUAUGGCACUUCCAAAAACAACCCUUAGGAAUAUAAGGCUAUGAAAUAGGUAGAACAUGUGGCAUAACAGGCAUAACUGUAGCUUUUGAAGUUUUAUGCCCCCACACUUUGGCUUAGCCAUGGUGUCUCUGAGAACUCCCGUCUGUGCGCCUGUGGCUCGCCAGGCCUAGUGUGACACGGUCAGGUGUUCAUGUUCAUUGCAGAUGGAUGAGCUGCUUGAACGUAGUAGAAGACGCCCAUUAUGCUGGAUGAUUAAGAAAGGUAAAGUUGGGAAUUUGGAAUUGUAGAAGAAAAACUUGUGCUUUGGAGAUGAAGUAGAAAUCUAAGGCAUCCAAGUUCUUUAUCAACAAGAGAUUGGAUACAUUAAACUGCAGGUAGUGUCAGCUCCCAUCCCCAGCGUCCGGCCCCCAUCUCAUCGUUUUCUAUAAAUCCCUGUAAGUGAAACUGUGUUGAACACUGUUUGAGUGUUCCUGAACUUUCUUUCCAACCCAGGUUCCGCUUAAUUCUCUUUGCCAUUCAUGUUUUCAUUUUAUUUUACUUGAGCCUCUGUAGGAACAAAAGAGCUGUCAGAGGAGUUCUGGGUAUAUAGAGGCUCUGGGGCAGCGUCAGUCUCCCUGGGGACCGAACAGAGUCCUUUCUGAAUACUGGAAAGUAAGAAAUGAAAGUUAAGUGUUGAAUUUGUCAGAUUACUGGUAGCCUGUUACUGAGUUGUAUUGUAAAAGCCAAUGCAAACUAAAGCACCUGGGCCCAUAAUGUGUGGUCGGAUUGCUGAGUAUUAAUGUCACCCCCUUUCAUUUCAUGGGACUGCAGAGAAGGCGUAGGAGUUCAGGACACGUAUCUCACCGAGGACAGCGUUUCCUGGGUGGAGUUUGCAAAAUGAGAUCUGAAUUCCAUAGGUCUGAUAGAGCUCUUUUUCUCCCCUUUGCCUUUGUCAUGUGGUUUUUACUGCAAUGAAUUCUCUUUCUAAAGAGCUUCUUCUCUCCCGACUCUGACACGUCCAUUUGUACUUUAAAAAAAGAAUGUGUGUAUUUUUGCUAAUUUUUGCAUUCUUUUCUUUUGUGCUUCAUUCUCUGCACUGGCAGUAGGUCCUAAAUGAGAAGUGGCUGUUCACACGUGGGAUAAAUCUCCUCUCCUCCCUUUCCCUUCUCUGCAUGUGCAAUAGCCCAUAGAGCAGUGGAUUGAUGUCUUUGAGUGGCUUUUGGCGGGGAAAGGGGUAUAUACUUUUUGAAUGUACAUAUGUGGUUUUGAUCUACUUUUAUUUUCCUUCAUUCUGUGUACUGUCUUCUGAUAAAGAGUGAGAUACUGUCCUGUGAGAAUCUCUUCUGCCCUUCCUAUAUUGCCUGUGUGAGCAACAGCUGCCCAGUAGUUACUUGAUGUUUCUUUUUUGGAAGUUGAUGGUGAUACUGGGGGGGUGGGGGGGAGAGUAGAGUAUGUUCUUUUUAAAAUCCAUGCAGAAUGUUUUUGCUGCUGUUUUGUGGGUGUUAUUUCAUUUUGCACUUUGUUCGUCUUUCUCGUGAUUCAUUUUCCUAAUGAACUGUGGCAGUCCAGAAGUCUGAUGGAUGCCCAGGUAUCGCUUCCCUUGUUGCUUGCAUGGACAGUAACUACAGAUUAGUUAUAGCUGCUCUUGUUUGGAUCUAGUCUUGUGGGGUGGGGGUUGUGUAUCAUCCUUCCAGAUGUCUAUCUGUGUUAUGCCCCUUUCUUUAUGUUUCAUUUUAUGUAUGUUCUUUUGGAUGUGUGAUACAUAUUUAGUGAAAUUGAGGUUCAGAGUAUGACAGAUUUCCUGUUUGCCCUUUUCCUUAUUGCCUUCUUGGGUGGUAGCUGAUGUUUUGUUUUGUUUUGCGGGGUGGGAGAAAGCAGGGUAUGUACUUAUAUGUAAAUAGACUUCCUACUACUUGACAUUACUUAUUCAUUUCGUACUGCCUCCUCCUGAGAGGACGUCAAAGUACGCAAUGAGACGUGGAGGUCCGGAUGUAUGACAUUCUCCUCUUGUCCCCUUCCCUUAUUGCCUGAGUGGGCAAUAGCUGGUAGAGUAGUUGUUGGAGUGGGGUUUGGCGGGGGGUGGGGGUGGGGGAGGGAUGUGUACAUGCUGUAUAUACCUGUUUUUACUACCAAGUUGUAUUAUUUCAUUGGGUAUCCCAACUGGAAGUCACCCAAUGAACCACGGAGGUCCGGAUGUAUAACAAUCUCCUCUUGUCCCCUUCCCUUAUUGCCCAAGUGGGCAAUAGCUGGUAGAGUAGUUAAUUAGUUUCAGGGGUUCUUUUGUGGGUUUGGGGGUAAAUACUUUAAAUGUGUGUGUGUGUGUGUUUACUUCCUUAUUAUAUAGUGCUUCUCUGUGUACCCAGUCUUUCACUUGGACACAUAGGUUCCUAAAGAACCAUGGAGUUCUAGAUGUGUAGCAAUCUCCUCUUCUUCCUUUCCCUUUUUAUCUAUGUAGGCAAUAAUUUUCGAGUAGUUUGGGUUUUUUGAGAUCUUGGGGGUGGGAAGGGACUAAGAGCGGGAUAUAGACUUUUGAAAACUGUAUGUACAGUGUUCGUUACUACAUUGUGUUAUUCCAUUUUGUACCCCGUCCCUUCCUUGGACGUGGGGGUACCUAAUGAGAUGUGGAGGUCUGAAUGUGUGACGGUGUCCUCUUGUCCCCUCCCAUUAUUGCCUCUGUGGGCAAUAGUUUCAGAGUAGUUCUAGAUUAGUUUUUUUACUCUACCCCUCCCUCCUCAGAGAGGGCGGGAAUAUGUACUUUUUAAAAUGUAUAUAAAUAUUUUUGUUCCUUUUUUCUGUUACUACAUCUUGUACCUAGCUCUUUCCAUGGAUAUUUAGGUACAUGAUGAAAAUUAAGGUUCAUUCUAUGAAAAAAAUCUCCUUUUUUCCCCUUCCCUUAUUGCCUAUCCGGGCAAUGACUAGCGGCAUAGUUGUUUAGAGGGUUUUUUUUGGCAGGGUGGUGGGGGCAUUUCUGGGUUUACAUUUUAAAAGAUGUAUAUAUAUGUCUGCUGUGGUGGUGGUGGUGGUUGUUUUGGUCUUUUACUUUGAACUGAUUUUUUUUUUUUGGUUUGGAUUUGUAGAUACGCAGCGUAGUGCAGAGGCCCAGAUCCAGAGGCGUGAUAAACCUGUUCUCUCUUCCCUUACAGCCUGUGCACGACUGUAGGAGGAUACUGGAGGACUUGGUGUUUGUUUUUUGUGUUUGAAGUUCUUAAUGGGGAAUGGGCUUAUUAGGUAAGAUAGGUGGUUUUUUAAAUGUAUAUAAAUGUUUCUGCUUCUUUUUGGUGUUUACUUCAUUUUGAAUCUAGUCCUUUGCAUGACGAUUUAGGUACUUACUGAAAGUUGAGAUUGAUUCUAUGAAAAAUCUCCCCUACUCCCCUUCCCUCAUUGCCUGGCCGGCAGUGGUAGAAGAAUAGAUGUUUCGUUUCUUUUUUUGGAGGGGUGGGGGGUGGGUGUAGUCUGAGUGAGAGAGAGAGAGAGUGUGUGUGUGCGUGUGUGCACGCACGCACGCGCGCUCGUGUGUGCGUGUAAAAAUUUUUUUAAUGUAUAUAAAUGUUUGCUACGUUUUGUGUGUUAAUUCACUUAGUACUCAGUCCUUUGUGGGACUUGUAGUUACAUAAUGAAACACGGAGGUCCAUACGUAUGAUAAAUCUCCUCUGCGUCCCUUCCCUCACUGCCUGCAUGGGCAAUAGUUUUAUAAUUUGGGGUGAUUUUUUUAAGGGAGAGAAUGAUUUGCGUGGGUUAUGGGGAGGGGAAAAGGACAGGAUAUAUGAACUUUUAAAAACUGUAUAUAAAUGUUUUCCUAUUACUGAUUUUGUACCUAGUCUUAGCGUGAUGUCUAGGUACAAGAUGAAAAUUGAGGAUCAGUGUAUGACAAAUCUCCCCUUCUCCCCUUUCCCUUAUUGCCUGUGUUGGCAAUAGUGAGUAGAAUAGUUGUGUGUUGUUUAUUUACUUGGUUUUUUGGGAGGGGUUAUAUUUUUGGCAGGGGAAUAUUCUUAAUAUGAGUGGUGGUUUUUUUUGUUUCAUUUUGUAUUUAGUUCUUUGCAUUGCUAUCUCUAUUGGGACCUAAUGAAAAUUCAGUUUCAUAAAUUGAUAGAUCGCUUCUUCCUUUCCCACAUAUUUCUUCAUUUAGCAGUGCCAAUUAUAGUUGUUGUUUUGUGGUUAUUUUGUUUUAUUCUCUAGGAUAUAUACCUUUAAAAAUGUAAGUGUAUAUAAGCACAUAUCUAAUCUUUUUUUUUCAUUAUUUUUCAUUAAUAUAUAGUCCCUUUCCGGGUUGUGCAUGGAUCUAA